AUGGGACAACGCCCUCGCCAAAACGCACAAACGCAGAUCGAGCGCUACUUCAACAUGGCAACACAAGCCGGCGAAAACAAGUCGCAUCCGACACCAUCCUACACCAAGCCCGACCAGAUGGAUCAAGAAGGGAACAGGCAACCAGCACAGCAACAGCAGCCAAAGGCAAAACCACCGCACAAGACCGAAACAGAAGAGAGGAUCGAGAACGAGACUCCCCGGUUGAGUACUGGGGCUUCAGCAUCCAUGUCGGAGUCUAGCUCACAGCAGGAUGGAGUCCAGUACGUAACGCGAAGGUCAAGGAGUAAACGACACGAUCCAGCCAAGCAACACGGACAAGUUGCGCAACAGCAGGUUGGACCCCAGAACCAACAAAAUCAACAACUUCAGACCAAGUCCAGCAGUGGAGCGCCGUCGGUGAAGCUAGAUAUGAAUUUGGAUGUCGACAUUGAUCUCAAAGCGAAGGUCCAGGGCGAUAUAACGCUAUCUGUGUUAGGAGGAAAUCAAAACAAGAAAUGA